CAUUUUAUUUCAUGUGUACUUAUGUAGAGAUCGGUACUGUAAUCAAAGCGGCGGACAUCAGCAUAAGCAUUGAUCAAGUAAAUGAAGAAUGUUCAAAAUAUUGAAUCGGACAACCCCGUAUUGUCAUAACUUUUCAUAUUUUUCUUUUCGAGAAUAUUUCUUUUCGGUUUUUUUUUCUACAUUUUGCUUUUCGACAUUUUGACCUUUCGACAUUUUUUUUUCUGUCUUUUUCUUUUCGAUAUUUCAACGUUUCGACUUUUUUCUUUUCUGUCUUUUUCUUUUCUAUAUUAUUCCCUCCAAUUAUUUUUUCGACAUUUUGCCUUUCGAUAUUUUUCUUUUCGGCAUUUUUCCAUCCAUUCUUUAUUACACACAAGUAUAAAUUAACUAGUACAAUUACACAAUAACCGAAAAAAAUAAUUCAAAUAAAGAUCAACUAUUUUAGAAGCAUUUCUGGUGCUUCCUCUCUUCUACUUUGAAGGAAAUGGUCGAAUUUCAUUAUUUUCUUGGAAUUUUUUAUUUCUAACAAAUGAAUAAUUCUUGUAAAUGUUUUCAUCUAAUGGAUGACUGUGAGCUAAGUUUUUGUUUUUCAUAAAGUUAGUUUUAUUAAUUUCAGUAUCAUGUUUAAUUUUGAAAUAAAAUUGACAAUCUAAUCGAGCUGAUUCUUGAUUUGGUCUUGAACCAUCUUUUAUGUGUCUUCUAAUAGGAUCACUAUGAUGGCAUACGUACAUUACAUGUUGGCAUCGAAAGCGAUCAAAUAACUCUUUCAUUAGUUUUUCAUUAUAUUUCAUUGAAGUUCGUUUAAUAUUCACUGGUUGAUAAUAAGUAGGGUGUGGGUGUGGGUGUAGGUGUGAAUGUGGGGUGCGGGUGUUGGUCUGUGGCUGUGGGUGUGGGUAUUUUUCUUCUGACUACCCACACCCACACCCGAACAGACAUGAAAUGCUUAUAAAACUUUAUUGCUGGUAGUUUUCCAUAUGUCAGCCUAUGUUUUAUAUAACACAAUGUGUCGACAUUAUCCUCGAAGCAACGGCAGUAAAAUAUCCCAUUUUUAUGUCACUUAUUGACAUUUGAUGUUGAAACAAAGAGAAUUAUAUUUAAUCUUUAUACUUUCUUUAUUUUCGGAACAUAAAGAUUCUAUUUAUCUUUAUUUUAAAAUGCUAAAAAAUAUUCUUUGCAGUAGUUUUUUCAAAAAGAAAGAUAUUGUAAAAUCCUUUAUCGUCAUCUUACAAAAUGCAUCACCAAUUUUAUUACCCACUUUUUUUUGAAGAAAUGAUGAGUAAAUAUUUGUCACCAUCGAAAUGAUGCAAGGUCAAGCAACUUAUAAUUACAGCAUCAGUGGAGACAAGGAAUAUUUUUUUUUUAUUUGAACAAGGAAGGAUAAAGGGUAGGUGACGGCGGAAUGGAAAUUUCUUCGCAAUAUUAGGUUGCAUCAUAUUCUCUAUGUGGGAAAUAUCUACAAUGAAUGUUUCUCGGCAUAUAGAAGCGAUAGUUAUCGUGCAAAUUAUACAGAGUGCGUAUACUAGGAUUAGACAUUUUUAAUAUCAUCGCUUCGAAGCUAUUGUUUUUAUUUUUCUAGAAGCUCACGUGGUGAAAUGUCUUCUUCCACUGUCAAUUCUUGCUUAGUUUAUGCACUCAUCAUUCUUAUCUUAAGUUCACCGGUCUCAAGUGGAGUGGCUACUUAUGCAGCAUGUUUCGCUACCUGUAUGGCUACGUGUGAAGGCGGAGCGGCGACCGCAGUAGGUGCUGGAGCCGGUAUAGUUGCAGGUGCUGCGACUGCUGGUAUUGGAGCAGUACCUGCCGCGGUGGCUGCUGGUACAGCCGCCGCGACGGCCGCCGCAGCGCCGUGUGCCGUUACAUGUGCAGCUGUUUGUGCAUGGGCACUUGUUCCUUUUUUACCGUAA